CUAGCAGUCCUCAAUCAAAGCAGCAGAAGCCGAAAAUUGCAGUAUCAGUAUUUGUUUUGAUUGCCGCUUUUUGCCAAAAAGGAAAAACACCAAUUAGGAACAUAAGAUAGCAAGAGAACAUGGCUGCAACGGCGCCGAGGAACCAGGCGAUGGAGGAGGUCUUCCAUGAGAAUGGUGGCUUUGGCGACUGCGCCAGCGUGGAAGCCACCAAGUCGGCGAUUUUGAAGGUGAUGACGCGAGCGGAGCGCUUCCAGGUGCGCGUCCGUAACUUCAUCGAGGAGGACUAUACAGAUUUCAUGCCGAAUCACACCUCACCGGACAUCUACCUCGAGGAAGCUAGUUCGCUGGGACGAGAGGUAGCGGAUCUGCUGGAGACGGUCAGUAGCGAAGGCCUGGGUGCCCUGGAUGAAGCCAACUCAAAGCUGGCGGCCGGUGGACGGGAGCAGCGGGAGAUUCUCCUAGGUCUGGCUGUUAGUGAGCUCGUUCUCAAGAUUGACGAGCUGUUCCAGUGCAUCGAGGACGCCAAGGCCACCAAGGAUUACUUGGUGGUCCUGGAUCUGGUAAGUCGCCUGCAGGCUCUGAUCUAUGGCGAGGAAGCACCGCCCGAGGUGCAUCGCGUCUUCCAGGCUCUCGAAUGCCACGACACCAUCAAAGUGAAGUACCACGUACAGUCCCAUCUGCUGCAACAGACUCUCCAGGAGCGCUUCGAUCGCCUCGUGCAACUGCAGUGCAAAUCCUUCCCCACCUCGCGCUGUGUCACCUUGCAGGUUAGCCGCGAUGAGGCCCAGUUACAGGACGUCGUCCAUGCCCUCUUCCAGGAGAGCUACAAUCCAGUGAAGAUUUGCGAAUUCCUUUGGGAGAACUGCAUCGAGCCGUUGAUCCGCCGACCCGUCAUGGCGGAGUUUAACGAAACCGCCGAGGGUGAUACCUUCAUCCAUUUGUCGCUCUCUUACUCCACCAAAGAACCAAACUCCUCGCAACUGCGUCCAAGCUACAAGCAGGUGCUGGCCAACUUCCAACUGCUGCUCCAGACACUCGGCGGCAUCAACUGCAGCGUCUCUAACGAUCAGCAUGUGUUCACGAUAAUCGGGGAGCAUGUAAAGGACAAGAUGCUCGAUCUUCUGUUGGAGGAGUGUCUGGUGCCAGCUGUUCCCGAGACCAUGGAGGAGUACCAGUCGUCAACACUGUGCGAGGACGUGGUCAACUUCGAGCAGCUGCUGGCCGAUACUUUUCUGAUUAAUCCUGAAGUGGAUCGCGCCCUGGGAGAGUUUGUGAAGCAGUAUGAGACCUACUUCCGCAACAAGCUCUUUAAGCGCGUCCUGGAAACGGCACGCGAGAUCAUACAGCGCGAUCUGCAGGACAUGGUCCUGGUGGCGCCCAACAACCUGGCCGCCGAGGUGUCUAGCGAUCCUUUCCUCUUUCCCCGCUGCAUGGUGUCCAAGAGUGCACAGGACUUUGUGAAACUAAUGGAUCGCAUCCUGCGCCAGCCUGUCGAGAAAAUGGGCGACACGGAAGCAGAAUCGGGAUUAUUUGGACUAUCCUUCACCGGAGUUAUUGGCGUAAUGCUGCAGACGUACAUGUCGGAAGUGCCCAUCGUGCACCGCAAGCUGCUGGACAGCGUGCCCCAGCAAUCGGUGCUGUUCUACAACAACUGCAUGUUCUUCCAGCACUGGGUGGCCCAGCAUGCCAACAAGGGCAUCGAUAGCUUGCCGGCAUUGGCCAAAGCCCUGCAGGUGUGCGGCCAAAAGCAGUUCCGGGUCCAGGUCGACUAUCAGAACUCGAUUCUAAUGGAAAUCCUGCAGGGCUUCGAGUUCGAGAGUCCGCACACGCUGGGCACUGGUCCCCUGAAGCUGGUGCGCCAGUGCCUGCGUCAGUUGGAGCUGCUGAAGAACGUUUGGUUCAAUGUCCUGCCGGAGAAGACGUACAUCAGCACCUUUUGCGAGCUCCUGAACACGUUCGCGGCGGAACUAAUCCGUCGAGUCUUCACGCUGCGAGAUAUAUCGGCCACAAUGGCCUGCGAGCUGAGCGACCUCAUCGACGUGGUGCUCGAGAAGGCGCCGCAAUUGUUCGGCGAACCGAAUCAGGUGGUGCAGGUGCACUCCUGGCUGAAGCUGAAGCAGCUCAAGACCAUGAUGAAUGCCUCGCUGAAGGAGAUCACCGAACUGUGGUGUGACGGCGCCGGGCCACUGACUGCCAGCUACAAGGCCGACGAGAUUAAGCACCUGAUCCGUGCACUGUUCCAGGACACCGAUCGUAGGGCCAAGGCCAUCACCCAAAUCGUUUAAAGAAUCCGGCCGGGCAAGGGACCUAUUUACAUUAUAUUCUAUAACUUAAGCUUUAUUUUUACCAAUAAAAAGAAAAAACACAAUAAGGAAC